AUGAGAUCCACAUAUUCCACCAUCGCUCUCGUGCUCGCCAUGGGUGUUGCCACUACACUGGCUGCAGGGUAUGGAUCCUCCGGGUAUUCCGGCUAUGGAUCCGGUGGAAGUGGAUAUGGUGGCGGAUAUGGAAUGUACGGAGGUGGAUCAUCCGGAUACGGAUCAUACGGGGGUGGAUAUGGAAGUUACGGUAGUGGAUAUGGAAGUUACGGAGGUGGAUAUGGAGGUUACGGUAGUGGAUAUGGUAGACACGGGAAAAAACACCAACAGACAAACACUGCUGUAUAUAUCCCAUACGCCGUCCCUGUGCCAGUUCAACAACCACUUCCCCCUCCACCCGUCAUGAAUCCUCUGAUGAUGGCUGGUGCAAUGGACAACCAAGACAAUGGACUCUUUGGAAAUGGAGCUAGUAGUCUACUCCUGUUGCUGUUCCUCAUCCCCCUGCUGUUUAAUACCACCACCAUCACGGGCUGAAUAACCAAUGGAUAAACACAUUUGAUCACCCACACUACGACCUUUGUACAUUGGUAUUAUAUCACGUGAUACGUGAAUGAGCACACACUGUCUGGCAACUUACCCCCUGUCAAUCACGAUUAUCUUCCUGUUCCGUGUGCUUUACACCUACCGGAAGAUUAUUGGCCACCUAAUGGAUCGUGAAGUUGUAAAUAGUCAUUAAAUUAAAUCAUGAAUUUUCAUAAAGCAUUGUUGUUUAGAUUUUAUUGACCCUAACCCUUUUUUUAAUUUGGCAAGACCAAGGUCAGCAAAGGUGGUGAUACAGAUGGACGCUUUACAUACAAGUGUAGUAUUACCCAUAUUGAACAGUGCUGAGUAAACUAAAUACGUUUGGUGCAAUGUGCCCUCUGUUGAGAAAAUGGGCAUAGGUUCUUCUGAAAGUACAUUUUGCAUUUGUCAAUAUUAUUGACGCUUACUAGGUCCACGCCUGUAAAAUCGUAUCAAUAUUUCAAAGCAA